AUGGGCCGUGGACCAAAGAAGCAUCAAAAGCGCCUCAGUGCGCCCUCGCACUGGCUCCUUGACAAGUUGUCUGGUGCCUAUGCCCCCAAGGCUUCCCCGGGUCCUCACAAGCUCCGUGACUCCCUUCCCUUGAUCAUCUUCCUCCGCAACCGCCUAAAGUAUGCUCUCAACGGACGUGAGGUCAACGCCAUCCUCAUGCAGCGCCUCGUCAAGGUCGACAACAAGGUCCGCACCGAUGUCACCUUCCCCACUGGUUUCAUGGAUGUCAUCUCCAUCGAGAAGACCGGCGAGAACUUCCGUCUCAUCUACGACACCAAGGGCCGUUACACCGUUCACAGGAUAACCGCUGAGGAGGCUCAAUUCAAGUUGGGCAAGGUCAAGCGAGUUCAGGUUGGCAAGGGCGCCAUCCCCUACUGUGUUACGCACGACGCACGAACCAUCCGCUACCCCGACCCCGCCGUCAAGGUCAACGACACUGUCAAGAUUGACCUUGCCACUGGCAAGAUCGUUGACUUCAUCAAGUUCGACACUGGUGUCAUCGCCAUGGUCACUGGUGGACGUAACAUGGGUCGUGUCGGUGUCAUCACUCACCGUGAGCGCCACGACGGAGGUUUCAACAUCGUCCACGUCAAGGACGCCGUUGACAACGAGUUCUCCACCCGUGAGAGCAACAUCUUCAUCAUUGGCCAGGAGAAGCCAUGGAUCAGCCUCCCCAAGGGCAAGGGUGUCAAGCUCACCAUCGCUGAGGAGCGUGACCGCCGUCGCGCUUUCGCUCUCGCCGGCAACUAA